AUGGCGCUUACCCUUACCGAUUUUUUCAAACUGCUUGGAGCUGUGAUCAUCCCACCUUUGGGAGUCUUUUUGGAGCGUGGUUGCACCUGCGAUCUGUUGAUCAACAUCCUGUUGACGUGUCUAGGUUACAUUCCAGGAAUUGUGCACGCAGUUUACAUCAUUCUGAAGUACUGA